CAGCCAGGCGGCCGCUGCCUCCGGCCGGAGCCGCCGCACUUGGGAAGCGACUCCCGGCCCCGGCGCUGCCGCCGGGAUGGGGACGCCGCCGGCGGCUCCCGGAUUGCUGCUGCUGCUCCUGGCCGGCACCGCGGGGCUCUGCCGGGCGCUCUUCUCCCUCCCGCUCCGCGUGUCCCACCCCGCCGCCCCCGCCGGGUCGCCGCCCGCCCCGGUGGUGCUGCGGCCGGCCAGCGGCAGCCGGCAGCAGGAUGCCCCCGGGGCUGCGGACGGCUUGGCCUUGGCUUCGGAUCCCGGCGGCACCCUCAACUUUUUAGCCAUGGUGGAGAACCUCCAGGGAGACUCCGGCCGCGGCUACUACCUGGAGAUGCUGAUCGGGACCCCGCCGCAGGCGUUAAAUAUUCUGGUUGACACUGGGAGCAGCAAUUUUGCUGUAGCAGGUGUGCCUGAUCCUGAUGUCACAUCCUACUUCAAUCCUGAGCUGUCAAGCACAUACAGAUCUCAAGGCAUUGAGGUGACAGUGAAGUACAGCCAAGGCAGCUGGACUGGACUGCUGGGCACAGAUGUCAUCACCAUGCCCAAAGGACUCUAUGGCAGCUACACCACCAACAUUGCCACCAUCCUGGAGUCAGAGAACUUCUUCCUGCCAGGGGUUAAGUGGCACGGGAUCCUGGGUCUCGCCUACGAUGCCUUAGCCAAGCCUUCCAGUUCUGUGGAGACAUUCUUUGAUUCCCUCGUGAGGCAGGCAAAGAUCCCCAACAUUUUCUCCCUGCAGAUGUGUGGUGCUGGACUCCCUGUUUCUGGAAGUGGUACCAACGGAGGUAGUCUUGUGCUGGGUGGAAUUGAGCCGACUCUGUACACAGGGGACAUCUGGUACACACCCAUCAAGGAGGAGUGGUACUACCAGGUGGAAAUCCUCAAGCUGGAGGUGGGGGGACAGAACCUCCAGCUGGACUGCAGAGAGUACAAUGCUGAUAAAGCCAUAGUAGACAGUGGAACCACUCUCCUUCGACUGCCAGAGAAAGUCUUCAGUGCUGUGGUGCAGGCAAUAGCUCGCACGUCCCUGAUACAAGAAUUCUCUUCUGAAUUCUGGACUGGUACACAGCUUGCAUGCUGGGAUAGAACUGAAAAACCCUGGUCCUUAUUUCCCAAACUCUCCAUUUACCUGAGGGAUGAAAACUCCAGUAGGUCGUUUCGGAUCUCUAUCCUACCACAGCUUUACAUCCAACCCAUCCUCGUGAUAGGAGAUAAUUUGCAGUGCUACCGAUUCGGCAUCUCCUCCUCCACAAACGCUCUGGUCAUUGGUGCUACAGUCAUGGAAGGGUUUUAUGUCAUCUUUGACAGAGCCCAGAGGAGAGUGGGCUUUGCAGUGAGUCCCUGUGCAGAAGCGGACGGCUCGCCCGUCUCUGAGAUCGAGGGCCCUUUCACCACAGCAGACGUGGCCAGCAACUGCGUCUCCAGCGUCUCCUUCCACGAGCCCGUGCUCUGGAUUGCCUCCUACGCCCUGAUGAGCCUGUGUGGGAUCAUCCUGCUGGUGCUGAUGGUGCUGCUGCUCAUCCCACCGCGCUGCCAACACCGCUACACGGACAACGACGUGGUCAACGACGAGUCCUCCCUCGUGCGCCACCGGUGGAAAUGAGAGGCUGGAUCCCAAAAAACAGACUUAAAAACCAAGGACAAAGAGCUCUGCCAAGGGGAAGAAGCCAAUGCCUCCUCAGUCCCUUCUACGUUCCUACAAAACGCUGUUGAAAAUCCCACCAAAUACCCUGCGUCGUGACUUUUAUAGCUUUAUUUUCUAACACCGGUUCUGAAACAAAGCACUGUUAACCACCUCUGAAGUGCUACGGUACUGGAUUUGCUACUGCAGUGCAAUGAGCCUUUAUGCUCUCUACAGUACCUUCUUUAAAAAAAAAAAAAAAUGAAAACAAGUUUAAAAAAAAAAGAUAAAAAACCACACCGUGAUGUUCUUCCACUGUCUGAACAAAAUUGUCCAUCUCUCUUUCACAAAAAAAAAGGAGCUGUCAGUAUUUUCUAACUAAUUGAGCCCUGACUGUAGAAAAAGAGAAAAAAAGUAAUAAUCUUUCUUAUUAAUUGCAUUAAAUGAAUACUGCUUUCUGUUUACAUCAGUUUAUUUGAAACUGUGCUUAUGGUGUGGGGGAGGGAGAAAAGUCAGACUUAAGCAGCAGAGAAAAAAGCCAGGGAGAUCAAGAAGAAAUGUUGGUUUGUGGUUUCUUUCCCUCAAGAUCUCUGCUGCCACUUGAGAGGGUCGCCCUCCUUGAGAGCUGUAACAAAAUGUAGUCCAAGGUGGUGAAAACUGGGAAACAAACUUGUUCAGCCUUAGAGUAAAACAAGACUACCUCUCUUAAUUUACAAGGAUGCUACCACUGGUGAGUGUGUGGAUUAGAACUGGUCUUGAAGCACAAAAGAUGCUCCAUACAACCAAAUGGAACUACUUGGCUUUGAAUUUUUUGGGAUUUUAUAAAAAUCUAUACUUCAUGAUUUUCCACUUUGGUGCACAGAAAAAAAAAAAAAAGAAAGAAAAAAAAAAAAAAGAAACCUUUUCAUUUCUCCCCCUUGUGUGGGGUUUUGUUGGUUUUUUCUGAGUUUGAGAUUUAGAAAAGGCUGAUCUGCAUAUGUAUGGACAGACAAGACAGCAAGGUCUGUGUUCUGCUGUACUUCCAGAGAGAGUGUAAAAGAAAGAAAACAAAAUAAGAACAACAACUUUUUUGUUUGUUUUAAUUUGGCUGAGCUCAGCAACCUAGACAUUCAAAGGAGAAGUACCUGUCUUUAUGGACAGGCUGUGAAGUGAAAGUCUUUUUGCUGGCUUGUUUUUCAGCUUGAGGUGUUCAGUUUGGCAUCAAUCAUCAAAUGAAAAGUGUGUGUGUCCUGCCUGGCUGAAAACAAACCCGUGGUGGGACUGGAAACAAUAGUGGAGGAGAGCAGGGGAGGAUCUAUUUGACCAGGCUUCCAUUCUGCAAGAGCAGAUCAUCAUGCUGAGGUCAGAACAAGGUGUUUUCUUUGCAGAUAGGACAAUUUUUCUUUUCUCUAGUUGCAGGCUUCUCUGUAACGGUGGCCUAAGUGUUUGAAUUGGAAAGAGAAACAGUGCAAGGCUGAGGAUUUUUUUAUAUGUAAAAAAAAAAAGGAAAAAAUACUCCAUUUUGAUAGCAGAGCAGUUUGCAUAUCUGUAUGGGAAAUGAGGAAAUAAAAAAAUUUCUCUGAAUUUCUCAGUCCCUUGCCUAGACAAUUUUCUGCCCAAAAUCCCUUCAUAUAGCUCUGUGAUUCACACUGCCUCUGCAUCUGACUCUGCAUGGAAUGUGAGGAAAGAUUUCUUUUUUUUUUCAGGAAAGGUGCAUUUACAGAGGUGCACGUUGUGUGUGUGAAAAUAAAACACUGUGGGGUUGUUUUUUUUUUAACUAACUUAUGUCUUUCAUGUCGUAACUGGAAGUGCCUGUGGUUUUCUUUUCAAUUCUUGCACUUUCAGAUUGCUUGGCUCAGUAGAGUGAAAUAAUUGAUGCUGUGAUCCAACGUCUGAAAAUGAUUUCUUGUGGAAUUUGAAGUUGGAAACAGGAAGGAAUUUUGAGAUUGUCUCCUUCUUCCUCUGCCUCUUCAUUUCUAAGAGGAGAAAAAUUGUGAAUUACAUUAAAUAAGCCAUAGAGCUUAACUGUUUUCUCAGUGUUCUAUUUUCCAUAUCUCUUUAUUAAUAUCUUUUAAUUACGAGUUCCACGUCGUCCUCCUGGCUUUGGUUUUAAACAUAACAAAUCACUUCAGAGUUGUAUUCCUCCUUUUUCUACAGUGUGGCAAUAGAAGUUAUGCUUCUGUCACUUG